CACACACACAAAACAGAAGUGUGAUCACAGUCCCGCCUUCCUCCGACAACAACCGAAACAGGAAACUUGUGCUCCACCGAUGCAUCACUUGACACUUGCGCAGGUUGUUCCCCCUGAUCCACGUUUGCACCACCGAAGCUUCAGCCGCUGCGCCCGAACCCAGAGGAGCCGCGAGCCGAACCCGUCACCCAGAUGAGCUCCUUUUACGACGAGAAGGACCUGGAGGAAGAGCUCAGUCGGGUCCACUACCCCGAUGACGACCUGGAGUUCGAGUACUUGUUUGAAUAUGAGCCGCCCGGCAGCGACUUCGCUGGAGGAGACGCAGAUGACCCCAACCUUGCAUCCCACAAAGUCCUCAGCCCGGAGUCGGAGCAGGCCUUCCCCCUGGAGGAGGCCUCCCCGUACGGCAUCAAGUCCUGCAGCUCCCCCUACGGCGGGCACCACACCGAGGUUCUCUCAGGUUAUGACAACCAGGAGGCCAGAAACUACCUGGACAGCACCCGGCCCGCAGGCCUGGCUCUGAGCCCGCGGAUCGAGAUCACACCGUCCCGCGAGCACUACAGCCAUGGUCGGGACUCCCUGCAGAACCAGCACCUGAACAUUAGCCCCAGACCCACCCUGACCGUGCCCGGCCAUGAGAACCUGGCCUACCGGGAGCCCCAGUGCCUGAGUCCCGCCAGCAGCAACUCCUCCGCCAGCUGGCACUCGGAGAACUACUCCCCCUGGACGUCCCCGUGUGUGUCCCCCGGCAGCGGCCAGAACCCCGGAGACCUCUGCCCCCGACUGCAGAACAUCCACACUGGCUCCCCCCGCACCUCCCCGGGCACCUCUCCUCGCACCAGCCUGAUCGAGGACGGCCUGGGAACGCGCUCGCCCUCCUCCAGACCGGGCUCCCGCUCCACCUCCCCGCAGGGCAAACGCACCUACGACAUGUACAGGAACCCGGGCCUGGUCCCCGGACACCGCUCCCGCAGUCCCUCCCCCCACAGCGGCCAUGAGGAUCACAACAUCAGUGCCCACUACACACACAGCAGCCUCGCCGAUGCCAUGAACGGCUUUGGCGCCGGUCAGCCCGGCCUGGUGCCCACUAAGAUAGUCAAGACGUCCAACCAGGUGUACGCCCUGUACCCGGAGAACCACGUGGAAGGGAACUUCCUGGUUUCCUGCGACCAGGACCUAAAGAAACCGGCUGCAGAGCCGUUCUUCGUCAUCCCCCCCAUCUGGUCCAAGCCGCUGGUUUCCAGCAUCUGCAGCAUCCCUGUGGCCUCCCUCCCGCCGCUGGAGUGGCCGAUGCCCCGACGCACCGACCAGUACGAGCUGCACAUCGACGUGCAGCCCAAGCCGCACCACAGAGCCCACUACGAGACGGAGGGAAGCCGGGGGGCGGUGAAGGCCCCGACAGGAGGACAUCCGGUUGUGCAGCUUCAUGGCUACAGAGGGAAGGAGCCUCUCGCCCUGCAGAUCUUCAUCGGCACGGCGGACGACCGCAUCCUCAAGCCUCACGCCUUCUACCAGGUCCACCGCAUCACCGGCAAGACCGUGACCACCACCAGCUUCGAGAAGAUCAUCAACGGCACCAAAGUCCUGGAGAUCCCCCUGGAGCCGAAGAACAGCAUGAAAGCAAUAAUCGACUGUGCCGGGAUCCUGAAGCUGAGGAACGCCGACAUCGAGCUGAGGAAGGGCGAGACGGACGUGGGCCGGAAGAACACGCGAGUGCGCCUUGUGUUCCGUGUGCACAUACCUCAGCCCGGAGGACAGCACGUCUCCCUGCAAGUGGCCUCGCAUCCCAUCGAGUGCUCUCAGCGCUCGGCUCACGAGCUUCCCAUGGUGGAGAAGCAGGACCUGGACAGCUGCUCCGUGCUCGGCGGCCAGCAGAUGAUCCUCACCGGGCAGAACUUCAGCUCCGAUUCCAAGGUCAUCUUCACGGAGAAGACUCAGGAUGGGCAGCAAAUAUGGGAAAUGGAAGCAACGGUGGACAAAGAUAAAAGCCAGCCGAGCAUGCUGUUCCUGGAGCUGCCGUCCUACCGGGACACGUCCACCUGCCACCCGGUCAAAGUGAACUUCUACGUCAUCAACGGCAAGAGGAAGCGCAGCCAGCCUCAGCACUUCACCUUCACUCCUCUGGCGGCUCCGUCCAUCAAGACGGAGCCUCUGGACGAGUAUGAAGUCGACCACAUGGGCUUCGCCGUGCCUCAGAUCCUGGGCCUGUCCCCUCACCCGUACUACCACAGCCCUCGCAGCGCCCUCCACCCGGACAACGGGCUGGUGUCCAGCCUGUCCUCCUGCCAGCGCCUCAGCUCCAGCCUCCCGAGCCAGGACGCCCGCUUCCUGCAGCAGAGCCCGGCCAUCGUCUUCUCCCGCGGGGGCAAGAGUCUCAGCGGCAGCCAGACUCUCUACCAGCAGCCCGGGGGGAUGAUGCCCGACCCGCACCGCUCCGUCCUGGUCCACACCGGCUCCCCGGCUCAGUCUGCAGGUCCCCUCGGUGCAGGCCAGCACCCCUCCAUCAUCCAGUUCUCCCCCACCAACCACCACCUGCUGCGGGGGGGCGACCCUCAGCCGCUCAGCGCUCCGCAGCCCGACCCCCAGCAGAUCAUCUACUGCGACGGCUACUCCCCGCGGUCGGCCGGCGGCCACUCCCCCAACCCCCCCCAGGCCCAGGCCGACACCACCCACCCUCAGCACUACCCCACCGUCAUCCAGCAGCAGCCGCCCUACAUGCAGAAGGCCCCGCAGAAAAGUCGGGCCCCCCCCGGCGCCGGGGAGAUGGAGGCCCCGGGCGACGGGCAGAGGAGGGUGACGGUGAAGGAGGAGAACCUGGACCAGGCCUACCUAGAUGAUGGUGAGUUGAACGAGAUCAUAAGGAAGGACCUGACGGGGGUGCAGGCCAGAGGGCAGACAUAGAGACAGAGGCCCGAGUCCAGCAGCAGGAGAUGACGACAACACACACACAAACACACCCCCCCUGACACACAAACACUUAAAUUAGACUCUUUCUCCCUCGUGUCUUCACCCACAGACGUGUAAACGUCAGCUCUGGGUGUUUCCUGCAGUAAACCUGAAGAAUGCAGCCGGUUGCAAACCCCUCGAACGUGCCUUAUUCUCUCCGUCUCCUCUCCAGGUUCCAGCUUGUUUCACCAAUGAAGAUAAAAAAUAACAAAUACAAAACUCCCCCGACCAGCAGCAGCCACACUUUGCCUCUCACUCGUGAAUGAAGCUCUUGCAGCAGUUUCUCUCUAUCGCACUAAAGAACUCACCCCAGAUUCAACAUAUCAGAUAUUACUUCUUGUGACCAAAAGAAAUCUGUAGUUCUUCUUACACAAAGUGUGUAUUUGUUAUUUCUCUUGUGUGUAACUUUGCAGUUUUUACCUGAAGAGCGUCUGAAGCUGAUCAUCUCAAUCUUUAAAGUGCAGUUUCUCUGAAAGUGAGCCGCACGCUGCCUUAACCAUAAAAAUCUAUCGUGACGCUCCCAAUAUGCACUGUUUUCAAUGAGAGGGGCUCGAUGCUAUAACUUUGUUUUAUAUAAUGUUGAGUCAUGUGAAUAAUGUACCAUUUUAUAUUCCUAAAAUAUAUAUUGCAUUAUAUUCAGGUGAGAUUUUUCUAAACGAUUUCUACGCUCCAGUGGUUUUGUGUUUAACAUCAUUUCACAUCUGAAGUUUGACUCCGGAAAGCUGAAGAUUCAAAGGUGGUUUUCUUUCUUUUUUAUUUUUAAUAAUCAACUUGUAUUUGUCCAUUUUAUUCGUAUUUUCUGAUUUGUCAUAACAUCUUAACAUCCAAAGCUUAUACUGUGUGUGUACUGUUGUGUAAAUUGUGUGUUGUGUUGGAUUUGCAGUCCACCUGUAACGUCGAGCGGCCUCGUGCCGUCACAUGUAAAGAUUCUAUUUUCUGUCGGCACAGUCUGGAUUACUGAUGUGCUCUGUAUGAAGAGCAGCAGUUUGAAAAACAUAUUUUUGUAAUAUUUUGUUCUAUUUCACUGAGUGAAUUGAACCUUUAAAAAGUGCCAUUUAUAUAAUUAUAAAAGAAAACAAGUGAUAUAUGAAAAAAUUAAAAUAUAAGACUGAAUCUCAAUGUUUAAUAUUUAGAAUGGACCCUAUUUGAUAAGAAGAUUAUAUUUUGUAAUAUUAGCAAAGCUGAUAUUGAUCUAUUGAUGGUAUUUCUCAUUGAGCCAGUACAGCACAAGUGCAUUUGACUUUUCUUGAAUGUAAUCCAUAUAUAUAUUAUUUUUGUUUUGUCCCCUUUUCUGUAAAUAUAUGACACAAAGUGCGAUUGUUAAAGUUUAAGUGGAAUGUUCUGCAUCUUGUAUCUGUUUAUAAUUCAGUUAUCAUAUCUUUCAUAUGUUUUAUUUCAAUCUUUUUGUCUGAAUUUAUGAUCUACGUGACCCUCAACUUGUUAAAGUUUCCCAUUAAUAGUUUCUAUUUUUUGUUGUGCAUUUGUUGUUAUAAUUAUUAUUAUAAUUUUAAAGUCCUUAAAGAAGUCUUUGGUAAUGAAAGUGUUUAUUAUUUUAUUUUCCGUGUCGAUAGCUUGUCCUGUAUUUGUUUCAUCUGGAGUCUAACUCGACUUUGUGCCACCUUUUGAAAAGUCUGUCUCAUGCUAUUUUUGUAUCCUUAAAAGUAGAAAUAAAUAAUAACCACAUAUGA